AUGAAACGGCUCUUUCUCCUACAACGACUCAGACGACCAUUUUACCCCUCUGCACGCUUCGCUCCGUUGCUUCAGAUCCUCGGCGCGCUGAAGAAGAACCGUGCGAACCCUGCCGCGAUUGAGACCGUGGAUGACGACUGGUCUGCAAUCGCGGGAAACCACGCUAUUUCGUUUCACGACUUCUGGGGAAGACCACCACACGUGCAUUCAGAACGACCGCACCCUCGCAUUCGCAGUCAACGGGAGUCUUUCGCCGCAUUUCCUCCACCCUGAGGACCUGGAUCUGGAACUACGGUUGCUAGAGGUGGUGCUGGUGACGAGAGUGGCGGGAUCUGCUGCUAGGACGAGUUUGUAAGGACGAGUGCUACGGCGGAAAUAUGCUUUCAUUGUAUCGAUUCAACGCAGCGAUUACAAGAAGGACACGUCUUGCACAACAAGUAGAUGGAAGUGACACAAAAUUCCU